CCCGCUCUUACUUUUUUUCUUUCGGUUAGGUUGAGUGAAGAUUCAUCUUCUCGAGAGAAGGUUUAAUUUGAGUGCUCUAGAGUAAAAGAGGUUGAAGUUUUGAAGGACACGGUUUUCGAAAAUAAAAGAGGUUUUUUACUGAAAGUUUAGGAAAGCAUAAGUCACGGAAAAUUUCUUUUCUUAGGUUUGUUGGUUGUGUACCUAGUAUCCAUUACCUCACGAUGCCAAUUGGUAACACUCUUAAGAUCCGUAAGGAUCUGAAGAAAGCCAAUAAGGCUAUUGAAGGGUUUGCUAAGAUGUAUGAUAAGGCUCUGCAAAAAUGUGUCAACGGCAAUGGUACUCGUCGCGAUCACGAGAAGUGCAAGUACGCUGUCGCUGAGGGGAAUUAUGAGAGUCGCCGUGUUAAAGCGAUGCAGGAGACUCUCGCUCGCAUUGAUGGUCACAAUCAAGCCCAAUUGGCGAACGUCUCCAUGUCGUUUCAAGCUAUGAUCGCGCCCAAACCGCGCAAUGCUCCUGGCGCUUCUGGUGUAAGCGGUUCUAGUGGUGCUGGUCCGUCUGGUGGUGCAGGUUCAUCUGGCGCUCCAGUCGGCCAUGGUGCUGCCCCAGCUGGUGAUCAAGAUGAGUCGGAUUGAGGCUUUGCAGGCGAGUCUGAUUAAGGCCUGACUAGGGGUGUUUAUUUUCUAUGCUUGAACGCAUGAGUCGGAUAGGGCUGGUGAAGAAUUUUCGUGAAUUGGAAGGGUACAGCCACGAUUGGAGUAGAGGAAAAUAAGUAAUUGAUUCUCUAGAUUCGUAUUAAGGGUCGCUCAGUUUAUCAAAGCGACUAUUAACUUGUUGAUAGAUUCUAAGAUAAGAAGUAUAGAAGAAAAUGAAUAAUUAAAGAAAAUGAUAGCUAGGCCUAGAUAUCUGCUUCUUCCAUCAAUCUAUACUCGUUGUAGUAUAGUUUUGAUCGUGGCGCCGUUUCACAUGUCAUUGCUUGAUUUUCAUCAUUGGAUAACAAUGAACGAUCGACAUCGCGCAGACCGCAUCCACGGAGGCCUCUUGGAUGGGGAUUUUGCAGCAAGCUGGUGUAG